GGAGAAGCCAGGGCUGCAGUGGUAAUAUUUCUCAUUUGUUUGUGUCACACAGAGGAUUUAUUUGCAGGAAGAGUCCAACUCCAAAGAGAAAAUGAAUAGCCAAUACAUACGUCAUGAAGUGCGGGGAUGCGAAACUAGUGACCUGAGGAAAUUCUGGGAAAAGACUAUUGAACAACAAACUCGGUAUCUGCAAAUUGAAAAAGAACGUCAGCGAAGAAGUGCUCUGACAAAGCUCAGAAAUGAAUGGAUGGAGAGGCUGGAAAAACGGAUAAAGAUGUUGAGGACCCAACCUGAAGACCCAUCUAGCUGAAGAUCCCACACUCAUUACAUGUUUGGAGCAA